GCACAGUGCUCUUGUGCACACGGCACGCCUAAUUUACAUAUCCCCACCCCCUGCAUCCCCCCCUUCUACUCUGCGAGCUGCAGUAAAGAUUGUGAGAGGAGAAAUCUGCACAACACCACCACAGGAGGAACAAUCAUAUUUAGGGCACGUCAGCUCUGUACUCCGACAUUCCUCCACUAUGUAUGGCACGAGGGAGGCAUCACAUGACUACGAGCCUGCCAGGCCACGCCCACUUCCUCCCUCACCGGACCACCGACGACUGUGCAGACUGAUCAGCCUGAAUAAAGAUCAUCAAUGAAUCAGCAAAUACAAACGACAGGCAGAACACCAGGAAAUUGUUGCAAAGUUUAAAGGUUAAAUCCGUCCGAUAUAUAUACUUAUAAUCUACUCCAUAAACUCUCGUUGCUUCAUCCAGUUGGAGAUACCAAAUCUGCCUAAAAGGCGACAAUGGACAGAGACGCUGUGGAGGAAGCCCUGAACACUGCAUUCUUUAAAUAUAAAGGCACCUACUUUGAGGCUGAUUAUACGUCACGUAAAAUCAUAGAUGAUAUAGAACAUAUGGAAAUCAGAGAUGACGAUGUGUUUCUUGUCACCUACCCGAAAUCUGGCUCAGUUUGGUCUCAGCAAAUUCUAAGCCUGAUAUUCAAUGAAGGUCAUCGAAACGGAACAGAACAGAUUGACAAUAUAGAUCGCGUGCCCUGGGUCGAGUAUAAUAUCAACAACAUUGACUUCAAAAGCCGCCCAUCUCCUCGUCUCUUCUCGGCUCACCUGCCUUAUUAUCUGAUGCCGAGAGAUCUGAAGUAUAGGAUGGGGAAGAUUUUAUAUGUGUGCCGAAACCCAAAGGAUGUCCUGGUGUCCUUUUAUUACUUCUCCCAAUGUAAUCCAAAGUUAAAAUGUUCAAUAGACUGGGAAACAUUCUUUGAGAUCUUCAUAUCGGGGAGAGUCCACGGUGGUUCGUGGUUCGACCAUGUCAGGGGCUGGUACACCCACAAAGAGGAUUUCAACAUACUGUUUAUGACAUAUGAGGAGAUGAAGAAGGACCUUCGAUCUGCUGUAAAGAAAAUAUGCAAAUUUGUGGGCGUGAACCUUGAUGAGAAAAUGAUAGACACAGUGGUGGAAAAGGCAACCUUUAAGAAGAUGAAACAGGAUCCUGUCGCAAAUUAUUCCUUCCUUCCUGACGACGUUUUAGACAAAAGUAAAGGAGUGUUUCUACGUAAAGGGAUUGUUGGUGACUGGAAAAACAUAAUGACGGUGGCGCAAAGUGAAAUGAUUGAUCAGAUGUACAAGGAGAAGAUGGGAGAUCUGCCAAUCAACUUCUUGUGGGACCUCGGUGAAGAAUCUGCCUCCUAGAGUUCUGUUAUCUUCAUAACAACCAUGGGUGGACUCUGAUAGGAAAGACCCCUGUGCAGGACCUGUGUUGAAAACCUAAAUUUAUCAGUAAACUCUCCCAAAAACGGACACUCACAUGGAAAAAAGUGUCCGCUAUUGAGAGAUGUCCCCUAUUGGGGAAAAAAGGAUCACAUGUUUUUUAAAUGACUGAAUACUGUCCUGUACUCACUCCAGAGUGUAAUUACCUAUAAAAUACAAUAAAAAGCAAUAUUACAGUAGAAUCUACCAGUGGCUUUAAAUCUCCCCUUAUCAACACCCUGUACCCUUAUUAUCCCCCUUGUGACAUUUUGUUCCCCCUCUUGAUCCUUCCAAUGACACUUUAUUCAUCCCCUCUUAAACCCCUCUAUGCUACUUUAUUCCCUCUUUGCCAAAUCAUCCUUCCCUUACCCCCUUUGCCACAUCAUUUCCCCCUAAUCCCCUCCUGUGCCUUUUCAUUCCCUCUUUAUGCUAUGUCCUUUGCCAUAUUCACCCCCCCCCCCCCACCCCUUGUGCCACAUUACUUUUCUCCUUGCCUCUUCCCCCUGUUGUUCUUCUUACCUGGCCAGCAGGUUCAGGUGCAGGGCCUCUGAGCGGGUUUGACAUUCUCCUGAAAUCCUCUGCGUUGCUCUCACCGUAAGGUUGUGAGGAGUGAGGGCUGCCUGCAGUGACACUUCUGAUAUCACGUCUCAGUGCCCACAGCCAAUGUCGACGCUGCUAACAGUAAGGGAACCACAGUGCAUGUCAGGAAAAU